AUGAGAGGGGGUGAGGGGUGUGUGGAGGGGAAUUUUGGGAUGGGGGGGUGGGGGGGGGGGGGGGGGGGGGGUGUUUUGGGGUUUUUUUUGGGGUUUUGGGGUGGUGUUGGUGUUGGUGUGUGUUUGGGUUGUGGGGGUGUGGGGGGGUGUAGUGUUUGGGUGGUGGUUUGGUUGGGGGGGGGGGGGGGGGUGGGGGUUUAUUGUUGGGGGAGUGUGGGGGGGGGGGGGGGGGGGGGGUGGUGGGGUGGGGGGGUGGUGUGGGGGGGGUGGGGGGUGGUGUUGGAGGGGGGGGGUUGGGGGUGGGGGGGGGGGUGGGUGGGGGGGGGUGUGGGGGGGGGGGGGGGGGGGUGGGUGGGGGGGUUGUGGGGGGGGGUGUGUGGGGUUGUUGGUGGUGUUGUUGGGGGGGUGGGUGGGGUUGGUGUGGGGGUUGGUGGGGUGGUUGGGUUGGGGGUGUGGUUUGGGGUUGUGUGGGGUGUUGGGGGGGUGUGUGGGGGGGGGGGGUGUGUGUGGAGGGGGGUUGUGGGUUUGGUUUGUGGGUUGUUGGGUGGUUGGUUGGGGAGGGGUUGGUGGGUGGGGGGGGGGGUGAAUCGGGGGAUGAUAGAUUGGGGGGGGGUGUUGAAGGGGUUUUUAGAGAUGGGAUGA